CAAACACUCACUCACUCACUCACUCUCUCAUGCUGUUCAGUGAUCAUGGCGGACAGUGCGAGUGAGAGUGAUACGGACGGUGCGGGCAGCAGCAGUUCUUCUGCUGCCCCUCAGUGCCCGUCCUCAUCUUCCACCAAGCCGGGCAUCGUGAUUUCUCCCUUUCGCCUGGAGGAGUUGACGAACCGCCUGGCGUCCCUGCAGCAGGAGAACAAAGUGCUGAAAAUCGAGCUGGAAACGUUCAAGCUGAAAUGCAAAGCGCUGCAGGAGGAGAACCGAGACCUGCGCAAAGCCAGCGUCACGAUUCAAGCCAGGGCAGAACAAGAAGAGGAGUUCAUCAGUAACACGCUGUUCAAGAAGAUCCAGGCUCUUCAGAAGGAGAAAGAAACACUAGCCGUCAAUUAUGAAAAAGAAGAAGAAUUCCUCACCAACGAGCUCUCUCGAAAACUUAUGCAACUACAACAUGAGAAAGCUGAGCUGGAGCAGCACUUGGAGCAGGAGCAGGAGUUCCAAGUUAAUAAACUGAUGAAGAAGAUCAAGAAGCUGGAGAAUGACACCAUCUCCAAACAGCUCACCUUAGAACAGCUCAGGAGAGAGAAGAUUGACUUGGAAAACACAUUGGAGCAAGAGCAAGAAGCACUGGUCAACCGACUAUGGAAGCGAAUGGACAAGCUGGAAGCUGAGAAAAGGAUUCUUCAGGAGAAGCUCGACCAGCCAGUCUCUGCUCCUCCUUCCCCCAGGGACAUCUCUAUGGAGAUUGACUCUCCCGAGAACAUGAUGAGACACAUCCGCUUCCUGAAGAGCGAGGUGGAGAGGCUGAAGAAGAACCUGCGCACUGCCGAACUGCAGCACACAGAGAAGCGGGCCCAGUACAUUGAGGAGGAGCGGAUCAUGCGGGAGGAGAACAUUCGGUUGCAGAGGAAGCUGCAGCGGGAGGUGGAGCGGCGUGAGGCUUUGUGCAGGCAGCUCUCGGAGAGUGAGUCCAGCCUGGAGAUGGACGAUGAGAGGUACUUCAAUGAAAUGUCGGCCCAAGGCCUUCGCCCCCGCACUGUGUCCAGCCCGAUCCCUUACACGCCUUCCCCGAGCUCCAGCAGACCAAUAUCACCAGGACUCUCAUAUGCCAGUCACACAGUGGGUUUUACUCCACCGGCCACACUGACCCGGGCAGGCAUGUCCUACUACAAUACGCCGGGCCUGCACGUGCAUGUGGGGGCCUCACAUGGCAUCGCAAGACCGUCCCCGAGAAGAAGCAACAGUCCAGACAAGUUCAAGCGCCCGACGCCCCCUCCUUCGCCCAAUACGCAGGCCGGAGUGCAGCCUGGACCACCUCCCCCUCCGCCCCCAGUGCAGGCAGUACCAUCGCAGCAGCAGCCACAGCAUGCAGUGCCGCACUCCUCGCAGCCAUAAUGCAAGAGUUCUGCGGCACAACCAUCGGAAUGGACUCAGACCAGAGCUACUGUAUUCCUACCAAGCCAAAGGCUUAACUAUCCUAUGUACAUGGAGUUGACAUCUUUCUCUUGCACUGAGAAUCAUAUAGGCUUCACUGUUAUUCUGUAUUGUGUUCAUGGGUUUUUUGUUCUUGUUUUGUUUUUCGAACGCAGUUCAGUGGUCUUGUGGCAUCGAUCGCAACACUAAACCUGCUUUUUUUCAUUAUGCUAGAACUUGUCUUUUGAGAGCACAGGGUCUGAUUAAAAAAAAGGGAACAAGUUGAUCCAUUCCGCCUCAGAUUUGAAUUGGGAGAGAUUUUAGCUGGCCCAUAAACGACGGACAGCAGCAUGUGCCUGUGUAUGAACUGCUUUCUGUGUGAGCCCUGCAUUUGCUUUGCUUACGGACAGGUAGAUAAACACAAGGUACUUGUAACAAGGAGGAGAAAUGCUCGAUGAAAACAUCUGCAGUGACUUUCACUUUUCAUAUAUGAGUCUUCUAACAGUAAUGUACUAGACAUGGGCAGCUGGUGGGGAAGCUGCUGAACAUUGCAGUUAAGUGCACCAGAUGGGUUGGUGUAGAGUGCGGCUAAUGGCCUUUAAGGGAUGCAGAGGAGCAGUGGCGUUGAUUUGGCAACCGUCGCCCCCCACGUCACUCUUUGCGCACUUGCUCAAAUGGCUGAUGAGAUGGAGGCUCGUGGCAACAGAGCCUGUUGCAAUCAUGCCUCAUGGAAAAAACCCACUCACGCAGCAAUAUGCAUUUGUUACUUGCUUCGAGCGCAUGCGUUAAAUGCAGAGGGUGCCCUAGCCUGGCUUUUUUGGCUGUGGGUGUGAAAGCAUCCUUAUUAGCUCAAAGGGAGAGAGAAUGGUUUACUUGAAUGCUGCUGUUUGUGUAUUGCACAAUUUGUGUGCAUCCGUCUGACUGUAGUCCUCUGGACGCGUACUAAUAGAAACGUUUGUUGCUUUCGGCAUGUCGCUGCACACGUUUGAUCGAAAUGCCUUGGUCUAGAUAAAAGGAGAAAGAGAGGUGCAAGGCUAGUACAUUGGUUCUUGUUCCCAAUUCACCGCCAUGUCUCCCUAAACAGUGUCUGUAACUGGUACCACUGUGACCCCCCCCCCUCCUCCCCCCAGUAUGUGUUCUGUAUAACAUUACAUUUACAUUACAUUUACAGCAUUUAGUAGACACUCUUAUUC